AAGAGGUGGGAGGCGGGUGGAAGAAGAUAGGUUUGCCACGUCGGAAUUAAGGAAAGGUGCUGUCGGAGGCUUACUUAAAAAAAUCAUAGUAAAGGGAAGAGUGUCUACGGGCUUAUUUCUUAUUCAUUUUUAUAUUUUCUUUAAUCAGCUAUUUCCAGCGGAACUAUGGUUUCAGUCAUCAACACUGUGGACACGUCCCACGAGGACAUGAUCCAUGAUGCUCAGAUGGACUACUAUGGCACAAGACUGGCCACGUGCUCCUCCGACAGGUCCGUAAAGAUCUUUGAUGUGAAGAACGGAGGCCAGAUCCUCGUGGCAGAUCUGAGAGGGCACGAGGGCCCUGUGUGGCAGGUGGCCUGGGCCCACCCCAUGUACGGGAACAUCCUGGCCUCCUGCUCCUACGACCGGAAGGUGAUCAUCUGGAAGGAGGAGAACGGAACCUGGGACAAGAUGUACGAGUACACGGGGCACGACUCCUCAGUGAAUUCUGUGUGCUGGGGGCCAUAUGACUUUGGGCUGAUUUUGGCCUGCGGCAGCUCCGAUGGGGCCAUUUCCCUCCUGACCUUCUCAGGGGACGGACAGUGGGGCGUCAAAAAGAUCAGCAACGCACACACUAUCGGCUGUAACGCGGUGAGCUGGGCGCCGGCGGUGGUCCCUGGCAGUCUCAUAGACCAGCCGUCGGGGCAGAAACCCAACUACAUCAAGAGGUUUGUGUCGGGAGGCUGUGACAACCUGGUCAAGCUGUGGAAGGAGGAGGACGGGCAGUGGAAGGAGGACCAGAAGCUGGAGGCGCACAGCGACUGGGUGCGGGAUGUGGGCUGGGCUCCCUCCAUAGGCCUGCCCACCAGCACUAUCGCCAGCUGCUCGCAGGUAGCCAUUACGGCUCUGGAGGAAAGUCUUUUCCUCAGGAGUCAUCUCAUUCUAACCAGCACUAUCGCCAGCUGCUCGCAGGACGGACGGGUGUUCAUCUGGACGUGCGACGACCCCGCGGGGAACACCUGGACGGCCAAGCUCCUGCACAAGUUCAACGACGUGGUGUGGCACGUCAGCUGGUCCAUCACCGGCAACAUCCUGGCCGUCUCCGGCGGGGACAACAAGGUGACGCUGUGGAAGGAGUCGGUGGACGGCCAGUGGGCCUGCAUCAGCGACGUUAACAAGGGCCAGGGCGCCGUGUCGUCCCUCACGGAGAGCCAGCAGAGCGAGCAGUGAGACCCGCGGGGCGUCUGGCCUUCCCGGCUGCGUGGCCCCGCCCCCCGGCUGCAGGGCCCCGCCCCCUGCCUGUGAGGCUCCGCCCCCCGGCUGUGAGGCUCCACCCACUGGGGGGCAUCUGUCACUCCUGAUAAGAGCCUGCCCGGGUGUGGCUCCUCGGGUAGCCCCUUUCCGCAAAGACAUUUCUCUCUUUUAUAACGUUAUAUCCCUGUAUGUAUCAGCAGAUUGACCUGGACCAAUCAAAGGCACCGAUUUGUCUUCAAUUUAGCCUAAAUACCCUCUCCCAAAUGACAGCAUUUCAUGAAAAGCCGAUCUCUUGUAUGUCAGAUGACCCAAGCAAAACAACGAAGUAGAAAUAAAUUAUCUGUGUUAAAAUGUU